AUGCCUCGUGUUCUCAUUAUAGGCUACAUCUAUGACGUCACUCCCACAAGCGCCGCCCGCGGAAGUCUGGAGGGAGACCGCGUGGCCGCCAUGACACCCAAGCAUGUCAUCGAGUCUGCCGCUGUGGAAAACCUCCAGCCACGUCGUAGCGUCAUCGUCACUAACAACAACCACCCAGCCAAUCGCAGCCCCCAGCCAGCGGCUGCAGUCUCCGACAAAUUGUCUGAGCUGUCCUGCUCUAGCCACAAUGACAUCUGCUGCAGCAGCAGUAUCAUGGAUGCUCUUAGCAGCAAAGAUGGCUACAGCAGCGCUGGGAACGCCAGCUACAACGACAGCAUGGUCACCUACUCCAUGUUGUCGAGUCUUCCCAGCGAGCGAGCCUCCUCCAGCCUCCCGUAUGACUCUCAAAGGCACCACUCUGCGAAUCCUUACUCCCCCUCCUCCUCUGCCUCCUCCUCGUCCUCCUAUAACGCCCACAUCGGAGACAAAGCUCCCAUAGCGUUGGUGUUGUCUCCUCCCCCGGCACACACGCCCACGCCCAGUCCCAUCCCAGCAGCCCACCUGACAGCCCCCAGCCCAGCCCACACGCCUGCCCCAGCUCAUACACCAAACCCCGCCCACACACCUGUCCCCGCCCAUUCUCACCAUAGCCACGCCCCUGCUCCCGCCCACUCAAACACUCCCCGCCCCGCCCACAGCAGAGCUGAAGCGCUUCCAGCCGACCACCCCAUCCAUCAUCCUCUCAUCCAGCAGCUCAUCAACCAGAGGCUUCACGUUCCCUCAGAAACCUCCCAAAGCAACAGCAGCAACAGCAGCAGCAGUAGUAGUAGUAGCCCUCGCGAUCUUCUCGACUCAGAAAGCCUGCACUAUAGACGAGACAGCGACAGUCCUCACAGAGCCGAAGACGCACUCCACGAAGAGCACCAGAUGGACGUCGACUUCAAAGAUCCCAGAUACAGCCCUGUCGAGCAACACCAUUACGAACAGCACUUGAGCUACUACCACACGAUGGCAGAGGAAUCAAGGGUCGAUUAUCUUAUCGAAACGUCGAGCCCGGACACCUUGAACCAGCAUCAUCACCAUCAUCACUACGCAUCAAGUUUCCCUCUCAGUUCACACACAUCUUCCCUCACACCGUACUCUCCAUCCUCACCCACAUCUAGCGCCCACUUCCCACCAUCCCCCAGUCCGUCUCUUCCAUCAACAUCCCCGAAACUCCCGACAGGUAUCUCCUCCUCGUCAACAUUAUCUUCCUCCUCCCUCCCAGCACCUCCCUCCCCACCAUCAUCCACCCGAACCGCACCCUCCCCUAUCCCCACCUCCCCCUCCGCCCUCUCCCCUCCCUCCCCUUCUGACUCUGAGGUCAACGCGUACACGUACGAGGCGUUUCUCAUCAGUGACGGGCGAUCCAGGAAACGAGCGCUGGAGGGAGAGGAGAAGCCCACAGGCCGAGUGCGGUACACCUGUAACGAGUGCGGCAAAGACUACGCCACGUCAUCAAACCUGUCCCGACACAAGCAGACGCACAGGUCUCUGGACAGCAAGAACGCCAAGAAGUGUCCACAUUGCGACAAGGUCUACGUGAGUAUGCCCGCUCUCUCCAUGCACAUUCUCACACACGAUCUCAAGCACGCGUGUAACGUGUGUGGUAAGACCUUCAGCAGACCGUGGCUGCUUCAAGGCCACAUGCGCUCGCACACGGGAGAGAAGCCGUUUGGCUGCGCUCACUGCGGGAAAGCUUUUGCUGACAGGUCCAAUCUCCGAGCUCACAUGCAGACGCAUUCGGCUUUCAAACACUUUGCCUGCAAGAAAUGUAACAAGACUUUCGCACUGAAGUCUUAUCUCAACAAGCACUUAGAGUCGGCUUGCCUCAAGGACCCGAUGGACUCUAGCAACUUCUAAAUUUAACAAAACAAGAAACUUUGAAAGAGGUUCCAUUCGCUUGUGAACAUUGUGCCUAAAUCGGCUUCCAGAAAAAAGAGGCGAAAGCUGUGAAAAGCUCUGAAGAUAAACGGCUCAAUUGAACAUAAGAAAGAACAAUUAAUUAGUUCCUUCUAUGAGGAACACACUCGAAAACCUAAGUCAGAAACUAUGUUCAAUGCAAGCCUACAUCUGGACGCAACGAUGGUGACAGAACAACGCCAGAGAGGGUGAGCAAGGUUUGAUAAUGCAUCGAAAUACAAUGUAUAAACAUUGCAUUUGCACCGUUGUUGUUGUUGAUGUUUCCGCUUAGAAUGAUGCUGUAACAUUCCUGCAAGGUUUUUGUUCUCACUUGCCUAUACAUUUGCAAACCGUACUUAUUCUAUGUCUUGUACUUAAGUCUUGUUGACUUUCCACCAUAUCGAAACAUAUCAAAAUGUAUUAUAGCCUUUUAUUCUUCUUAAAUAAUUAUAUUGAUGUCUGUACCACUGCUUUAGGACAGCUUUGUGCAUACUAUAUAAAUCCCACCGUGACGCAGUUAUGGUUGCAAACCAAGUACUUAAAAUAGUAACACAGGGUACCAUGUAAAUGCUCGCUGUUUAAAGCUUUCUAGCCAUGUCUUCUUCGACUCAAACCCAACCCUUUCCUUAAAAAUGACGUCAGGCCAAACCCUCAAAGAAAACGUGAGGUCACGAUCGCUUGAGUCAUCGAUAUAGGCGUGACCCUGCUAUUGAUUUUCCCCCGGUUUAUUUUACCCAAAAGAAAUGUCGGGCUUGGUUAAAUGUCAUCGAUACCCACAGAGUUUAUAUGACAUAAGGGCAUCGGGAAUUGCAGGACUUCCGUUGGGAUAUGCCCACGGGAGAUUCUUUAUUUUUAAAAAGUUG